CCGGAAGCGGCCGUUGCCCGGACGACGGGUGGAAGAGUGAGAAGCCGCGGCCCUUUUAACGGACUUCGAUGGCGGCGCCGCCGCGGCCUUGGCUUCUGCUUUGAUCCCGGUAGCAAAACAAGAAUGGAGACUUUAGAAGAAGAAAAUUUCGGGGUAUCCAUCUCAUCACCCUCUGAUGCUGAAUUCGAUGCUAUUGUAGGCUAUUUGGAAGAUAUCGUAAUGGACGAUGACUUCCAGCUUAUGCAAAGAAACUUCAUGGAUAAAUACUACAGAGAGUUUGACGACACAGAAGAGAAUAAACUGGUCUACACACCUAUCUUUAAUGAAUAUAUCUGCUUAGUUGAAAAAUACAUUGAAGCGAAACUCUUGGACCGGAUUCCUGGUUUCAACAUGUCUGCCUUCACCUUGUCUUUACAGCAGCACAAGGAUGAAAUAGCUGGAGAUAUUUUUGAUAUGCUUCUCACGUUCACUGACUUUCUGGCAUUUAAAGAGAUGUUCCUGGAUUAUAGAGCUGAGAAAGAAGGACGGGGCCUGGACCUCAGUGCCGGGUUGGUGGUCACCCCUUUAAGCAAGCCCUCCAGGUCACCCGCCCAGAACAGCCUCUGGCAUUAGGGUGUGUGCUCCAGAGGAGGCCUGCUGGGGUGCCUCCAACACGAAAGAGAGGAAUGAAGGAAUUUCAGCGGGCUUGGUCUUCUCUUCGGCUCCUUCUAUGGAUGGUUCCAUCACCGCCGCCAUCAUCGUCUCUCCAUCAGAGCACCGGGACUCUUGCGGUUCCCACCCAACCAGAUUUUACAUUGCGGAGAUCAAUGUGCAAUCGUUUCUCUGAGGAUAUCCUAAGCUCUUUUCUUUUUUUUUUUGGGUGGGACAAUGGACAUGGAGGACUAGUUUUGGGUGUGAGGGGGCCGUGCUUGUGAAACUCUGCCCCGAGUUCACAAGCACAGGACCUCUGGCAAAUUGUCUUUGUUGUCUGGGACUGAGAAUGAAACAUGUUGACUUAACAGGUAAUACGCAUUUGGGUGCUUUAUGUCGGUGUUCGAUGCAAAUGUGUAUUUUUUUUUUUUUUGUAUAUAUAGCAUGAAAAUGUUUUCUAACUGAUGGUGAACUUGAGUCCUUCUCCAGUCAACAGACUUUUUUCUCUCCACUUUGGAGGGCUUUCACCCCUCCAUACCUGAGAGGUCAUAUUUUUAAAAUAUACAUGUCAUCCUUUCUAGGAAAACUACCACGCAGUAUCCACACUACGAUCUGUAAGCUCGUAAUAGAAGGAUACAGCCAUGUCCUGCAAUGACCCUGUAGCUCUUGUGACUUCCCACGAGGUAUUUUGAGAACAUUUCUGGUUCCUUCAGUCACAUUCUUGUUCAUCAAGUCUUGCUGCCCUCCAUAUUGAGCCAAAUCAAGUGCCAGUGAUGUGAAUUGCCCACUCACAGCUAGCUCCUUGUCUUUGACCCUUGAAUAAGUUUGCCUUCCACCGGCUGGGAAGAACGGAGCAGUUGUAGCCAUCUUGAGUGCCAUCCAGGAAGACCAGCCAUAGUUAGUAGGCAGCUGUUCUUGACGUUCUCACUUGGUAGGAGCCCGAGUAUGUUCCCCUGUGGCUCCUUGAUGGGGGCUGAAAAAUGUUUUCUAGGUGCCCCUUGGGUAAGGGAGAUCCUCUUCAGUACAGAAUCAGGAACCCCCUCGCAGACAACGUUUUCAGCCUGGAGGGUAAAGAGAACGUAGUGUUUCUAAUAAGCAGUUAUAAUAUUUACACUUGCUGCAGUUGUUUCCCUUGCACAUUUCUUUUCUGUAAUGUUCUCAGCCUGGAAGUUGGUCUUCAGCAGCAUUUUCGAGAUCUUUAUCCGGAAGCACGUUCAGCUUUGCAAAAGAUAAUUUAUUCUAACUUUCCAGCCAAAAGUAUUCGCUGUUUCGGGUUCCUGCUCACAAAAUGUAAAGGUAUUGAGCAUUACCAAAGAUUGAAUUGUGCAGGUGGUGCAUUAAGCAAACAGACCUAGUCAAGCAUGCUAGAAAUCUUAAAUCAGUAUUUACCUUGGCACUGUUUUGCUUUUUUCAAAAGUCCAGUCUCUCCGUAUUUGGCUAGCUAGGAUAAGACUGCAGGAUCCUAUCCAGAAUUUCUCUUUUUCAUUUCGCCAUGAUCGCCAAUUUAAAUGGGAAGGCGCUAGGUUUCGGUAUCCCAGAGGCCAGAGCUGCAUCGAAAAGAACAAUUAAGGAAAAUGUUUGUUUGUCUGUCUUCCUUAGUUGAAAUGGCAUUUCAGGUGUGUGAGAUCAGGGGUCUCCAACCUUGGCAACUUUAAGCCUGGCGGACUUCAACUCCCAGAACGCUCCAGCCAGCUUUGCUUAAAAGUUGCCAAGGCUGGAGACCUUGGAUAACAGAUGGGCUAGGAUAAGGGGGAAUUAGAAGUCAACACAGCCAAGGGAGAGUCAGAAAGGCUGAGUUAAGUAUGCCGGAUUCACAACGCUAUAGGCUACCUUUGGGUUUCUGUUUUUUUUAAGAUACUCCCUGUAGUACGGAAUAGGCUUGGGAGGCCCUUAGAGCAUUGCAUAGAAAACGUUACAGAGGUAGCAUCUAGGAAACCUCCGCCUUCCAGAGUCUCGUGGCGGCAACACCUGUGGUGGUAUGUGAACACUGUUCCUGCAUUUCCCUUGCUUUGUGCUAGUAAUAAAAUCCGUGUGCUUGAUUUAAAAAAAAAAGAUAUCUUGUGGCA